AUGUUUGAGCGAACAUACGUUAAAACAGUUCAUUACACGGAAUCUGUCAAUCAGGAGCCUCAGGUUACCAAACCUAUUUGUAUAUCAAAGAAGAAUCUAUCCAAUGUAGAGAACUUACUCUGUGUGGAACAUCCACCGUUUAUGCCGGAGUACAAAAACCCUUGCUGGCGGAACGUUAAUGGACAGCUGAGAUGUUUACCUUACUUCAUGCUUGUUGGUAUGGACAAGUCCGGAUCUAGUGAUCUGUUUGACCGAAUAACCAAGCAUCCUGAUAUUCUAGGAAACUCGGGAAUUUUAGGAAAGGAGACAUGGUGGUGGAGUUGGAUGCGCUACGGAUUUGAUUUGAUGAAAGCAGUAAAGAUAAGGAAUUUUGAAGAUUAUCUAAACUUCUUCAAUAAUUCGACACGGGUGAUUGAUUCGCCAGCUAAGACAGACAAAGACGGAUUUCAUUUUGCUAUUGCGGGAGAUGGUACGCCUAUGGAUGCUUGGGAUUUCCGAGGUUGGACUCAGAUUCCACAAAACAACGGACUAAAAGAACCGAAAGUUUUAACGCCUGACCUUGUUUAUCACGUAAACAAAAAUGUGAAGCUAAUCAUUAUAAUGAGGGACCCGAUAGAAAGGCUUUAUUCCGAUUACUAUUUCCUGGAUCUUGCCGGUAAAUCUUCGCUAGCUUUCCAUUCAUCUGUAGUGACUUCUAUUGCCGUGCUGGAAAAAUGCCUGAGAGCAAAGUCCAUGUUGACAUGCUUAUCAGACAGAAAAAACCACCUAGCCUGGAAUAAAGCUGCUCGAAUUCAUGUUGGCUUUUACUCGGAAUAUAUUAAGCAGUGGUUAAGAGUUUUUCCACGUGGACAAAUUCUCUUCCUACGUACUGAAGACUACUCAGCUGAUAUCGGCAGUCACAUGGACCAAGUAUUCCACUUCCUUGGUACACGUCCACUCACAUCAUCUGAAAUGACGUCAUACGGAAUCGAUUUGAAAGUCAAAAAACAUGUGACUAAAAGUAAGUUAAAAAAGGGUCCGAUGCUGGAAAAGACAAGAGCAUUACUAUCUUCACUGUACGAUCCAUAUAACAGAAAACUUGCGGAAAUAUUAAAAGAUGAUCGAUUCUUAUGGAAAGACCAGCGCUCGAAAAAUUGCAAACUGCAAGGAAAAGUUACCUGCUGA